UGAAACCACGGCGGCGGAUCGCUUUGAAGCUCCUCCUUUUGUUGUUGCGCUGUCACUCACGGGGCGGAUGUUUGCCCGGCCUGAAAAACAACCGUAAUUUCUCCUCUACGCCGUCCCCUCUCCACCUCCGCCGCGGAUAUGUGCGCGAAAAGGGCCAUCGUUCGCCCCUACCAUGGCCGAUCGCAGUGACAAGACCCCGUCCAUGGCCGCUUUAGCGCUUCGGAGAAACCAAGGAGACUACUUGCAACCCAACUCGAGUUCCCAGGAUAUCCAACCUUCCCCGCUCGCACUUCUGGCCGCCACGUGCAGCAAGAUCGGUUCCCCCGCUGAGUUAGCUGCCGCGUCGUCCACGCCCGUGAAAUACGCCGCCGGACAAGUCCCUGGCCAGAUGAUAUAUCCGCAGAUUGUUCUAAACGAUCAACAACAACAGCAGCAGCAGCAACAACAACAACAAGUUGUACUUCAACAGCAGCCAGCGAUUAGUAUACAAAACAACGGCUGGAUUGUACAUGUGACAAACGCAGGGACGAAGACAAUCAUGACGUCCAACACGAUGAGCUCGGGAGAUGUGACGACGACUACCACGUCUGUUCCUGCCACCAAAGGACAGGGAAUCGUGCUAGGUUCUGCUAUAAUGCAGGGUGGUGUGCCUACGCAGUACGCCACUCUCGCUCUACCGAUACAGAACCAAGGGUUGGUCCCAACUGCCGCCACAACACAAGGUCCGAUCGCGUACAGCGUAAUCCCCGCUGUUCAAACUGUCGACGGCCAAGCGGGGACCCAAAUGUACACCCCGAUAUCGGAGAGUAACAUUAUCGCUGCCGCGGGAAGUAUAGCACAGAUCCGACCGGUCUUAGCGAGUCCCACAACUACGACUGCGUCCUCGGCGGCACAAGGGGUCACGGUACAGGUCCCAGUGGUUUCACCCGCUGCCAUGGCAACGGCCAAUCAGGUAGUGGCUUCCCAAGCGAAGGGGUCAACUUCUGGGAGUGAAACUGUCAACACUGUGCAGACACAGACCACCCCAUUGACUGUACAAUCGUUGCAAGGUUUGCAAAAUUUACAGAAUAUACAGAUUCAAGGACUCCAGAACGCGGCAGGCACGAUAGUGCAGCCUGUUUUGUUGCGAGCACCAGGUGGAAAUGCCAGCAAUUGGGGCAUGGUCCAGUUACAACAGCUACAACAGGUGCAGAACAUCCAGACAUCACAGGGUACGACAACCUUACCUGCCGGACAAACGCUGAUCGCUGCCGUCGCCAACAAUGCAGCGAUUCCCAUCAACACUGGGACGACUGCACAGAUCCCACCUAUGUCUCCACAGACUAUCAACGUGGGGGCCCUCAGUAAUGCAGGUAUUGUAGCUGCCGGUCAGCAGACUAACCAGGAGGCCAGUGAGGCCUUGAAGAUGGCUGUCCAGGCACAGAACCUGACCGCACAGAACCUGACCGCACAGAAUCUGACCGCUCAGAACCUGACUGCUCAGAACCUGACUGUGAACCCAGCUCAAGUACAAGUAUCUCAGCAGCAGGUGAGCCAGUCUGGCCAGUCCAGUCCGGAGGAGUCUCCCCAGGGUCGGAGGUUACGGCGGGUCGCCUGUAGCUGUCCCAACUGUAGGGAGGGUGACGGAAGAGGGAACGGAGACAGUAAGAAGAAGCAGCACAUCUGCCACAUCGCGGGGUGCGGUAAGGUGUACGGGAAGACGUCCCACCUGCGGGCUCACCUGCGCUGGCACACGGGCGAGCGACCCUUUGUCUGCAACUGGCUCUUCUGUGGGAAGAGGUUCACCCGGAGUGACGAGCUACAGAGGCACAGGAGAACUCACACAGGGGAGAAGAGAUUCACCUGUCCUGACUGCUCCAAGAAGUUCAUGCGGAGCGACCACCUCUCCAAACACAUCAAGACCCACCAGAACAAGAAGAACCAGCCACAGAAUGGCACAGCAACUCCCACCAUCAAUACAAACAACAACAACAAUGGCCAGGGAGGGCCGGGGGAGAACAGUCCGUCAGCAGAAGCCCUGGUCGUGGCAGACACAUCCAUGGAUGCAGGGCAGGAGGAGGAGGAUGAUGAUGAUGAGGAUGAGAUGCAUGUAGAAGAGGAGCCCAAAGUGGACAACAGCCUCCCCAUUGCAGCCCACCUCAACCUGACCAACAUUCAGGUCAGUCAGCAGCUGGCCCAACACGGCGGGGUCAAAACACCCACCCUAACGACCCAGCCACAGGACCCAAAACAACGUGGGUUACAGCAGGUGACCCAGGUUAGAGUGCACCAAGUGUCCCAGGCUGGAGUGGCCCCUGCGCUACAAAGCACCACAGCUCUAGCCCAGGCUAGAGUCCAGCAGUUGAUGAGUCAGGUGAGCUUACCCCAGGUUACCCAGGCAGCAGCAGCUCAGAUGACCCAGGCUGGGUUAAGCCAACCCAUCCAGCCUGGCACGCAGCAGGUGACUCAAGUAUCCCAGGCUGGGACAGCACAACAACUCACCCAGGCUGGUGUGGCACACAUCCACCAACCCACCCUGGCCCAGGUGGCUCAACUGCAGGGUGCAAACCCACAGGCAAACCAGGGGUUAACCCAGGUCACCCCUGCAAUGCUACAACAAGCCGGGUUGCAGCAAGUUGCCCAGGGUGGGUUGCAGCAAGUGGGAUUCCAACAGGUCCAGCAGGCUGGGUUACAGCAGGUGGGUCUCCAACAAGUCCAGCAACCCACCCAGGCGGCGACCCAGGCUAUGCUUCAACAGGGUGCCGCCGCGGCCACCCAGGGGUUGAUCCAGACGUCCCAGGGGUUGGUCCAGGCGUCCCAGGGGCUCCAGAUCCAAGGGCAGCAGUUUGCACAGAUGGUGCCGCAGACGUUGGGACUGCAGCAGCACGGAAUCCCGCAGCAGGUCAUUGCUGCACAAGGCGUGCCACAACAAGGCCUCAUCCAGGCGACGAACCAGUUCGGCCAGAUCAUCACGCUUCCGCAGAGCGUUCUACAGAGUCUGUCCCAGCCGCUCAUGCAGACCGUACUCCAACAAGCCAACCCCCAGGCCGCCUUCCAACAUGGUAUCACCCAGGGUUCCAUCGCCCAGGUCAUCGCCCAAUCAGGGCAGGUCGUCUCCCAGCCGGUCAACCUCAUGGGGCAACCUCUGACCCAGUUUGUCACCCAGCCAAUCCAGAGCCAGGUCACAAACCAGUUCGGCCAGCCAAUCGCGGGCCAGCUUACAACGAAUUCUCUCGGACAGGUGGUCGGGAAUCAGAUAGCCGUGCAACAAGCGGCCGCGCAGUCGCAAAGUUCUACAGCUACUGUACAACAGACUGCAGUUUCACAGUCACAGCUUCCACAGCACCUGAAUAGAAUAACUGCUGGUGUAAAAGGAGAGGCUUCCGAGGCUUCUAAAUGAGAGUCUAUAGUAAUGUAAUGCACUUGUGACCAAAUGUUGUUGUUAAUCAGAUUCAUUGGAUCUUUUAUCCCAAUGAAACUGUUAAAUAAGAAGCACAUGUUUUUUUAAUGUGCUCAUUGCUGCAAUCAUACAAUUUUUUUUCUUUUUAGCUUGACAGAUUCUCUUUUGCUUCACCUAAUAUUUUAGAAAAUGAUCACGCCCUCCCAUAUCAAAAUGCUAGUAAUGUUAUGUAUAUAUAGUCAAUAUAUAUUCCAAAAUAAGGUCGCCCUACCACAUAAAAAGUCCAUUAUUUUGUCAUUUUGAUAGAAAAGCAUAUUGAUAGAAAGGCAUAAUCUUCAUACUUUAUACCAGCAUAGUGGAGACUAGUUUCCUUAAGUGAUAGAAAAAUGUGGGAUUUGGUAAGUUAAUUGUACAUGUACAACAAGGGUGCUAGGUGAAGAUUGUCUUUGUGGGCUUG